AUGAUCGAUACGGGCUUGUUUGUUUUUUUAAAAUGGGAAGAAGACCCGACGAUGCCAACCUUUCGAAUCCCUUGGAAACACGGCUCUCGGCAUGGCUGGUCUGAAAAAGAUGAUGCCGCUUUAUUUAGAGUCUGGGCCACAUCUACAAAAAAAAACAAAGAUCCUCGAAAGUGGAAGAUAAAUUUUAGAUGUGCUUUGAAUGCCUUACCAGAUAUUAAGGAGAUUCGCGAAGAGAGUUGUCCCCGUGGAAAGGAUGCUUACAAGAUUUACAAAAUGCGUUCAGUUCGAGGAAGAGGUAAGGGAUUUGGAAUCCAAAGAUGCUUAGCUCGCUGUUAGCGACGUAAUGAUAUUAUAGUUAGAGAAAGAUGUUAGCGUUUUCCAUUCUCUGUCUCCAUGUUUCUUUCGGCCUAUACAAACAAAGCAUGUCUUGUUUGCAAAUAGUUGCUAACGAACUCAGAGCUAAAGCUAAUAAAAUAACGACCAGGGAAAUUCGUAAAGAGUAGACCCAGAGUGGUAUGGUGCGCAUUCAGGGAAAGCAUACUCUCUUAGCGGUUUCACGGACCAAAAUCUGAGCUAUAUUGGCACUGACGGGUUUUAAUAUUACAAGAUCACAGAGCAAUUUGUUUCUUCAAGUCAACAAUUUUGCAAUAAGUCUGGCGUAAUCAUAAACGUAUCGCUGCAAAGAACGAACAAAACUUUACCUCACAUAGACAGAGUCAAUGUCGAAUUAGACGAGGAGACAAAUGAGACAAUUAUAUUGUAUAAAUGCGAUUUUAAGGAACAGCGGUCAACCAUCAAUAUCAACUAUCGAUAGUGGUAAAUUAAUGAGACAAAGUAUUUGCCACACGCCAUGAGAUCAAUAUACAACAGAUUUCAACUUGAAUUCUUCGGUUCUCAUUCACGGGAUCGUUUGAACCCAGGACAUUUCAAGAGUCGCUUGAACUUCUCGUUCAAUCAGUUGAAAUGCUAAAAGACUACGAGGUUAGAAAUGUAGAUUUGAUGAAGCGCAAAGCUCUUAAAUGCCAGUACAAUACAUCUCUAGUUGGCGCAGACUUUUAAGACUUCAUAUCAAUCCAGAUGUAAGAUCAAAAGAAUGUUUGUUUGUUGUAUACAUUGCAUUUCCAUGACUUGUGGUGGUAUGUACAAUAACCUCUCAUACAAAUACAUUUCGGCAAUGGACUGGACGUUUUUCUUAACCAAGACUCUGUGCUACCGAUAACUUCGUUAACGGUCAUUUCUGAGUUACGUUCUACUGAAAUGAUUAAAAACAAAUUCAAAAGAACCACUUUGUACUAGAACUUGUCUUUUCCCGUAUAAUCUGACAGGAGAAAAACAAACACGAAUAGAAAGUUAAACUUUUAUGGCUCCAUUAAUCGCAUUCCUGCCUUAUUUGAAAGUAGCAGAAAUCCACUUAGUUACUUUCUAAACGGAUGCAGUAUCAAAUUCUACUGACAGCGGUUGUCUUUCAAACAUGGCUGCCAUAUGGGACAUUUCUGUAAUUUAAGUCGGUUUCAGCCUACUACCAUUCGGUAGAGCAGGCAGGGCGCAAAAUCAGAAAAAAAAAAAAAAAAAAAAGAAUCACACCUCCAUACUAAGUUGCUCUGAUUCAAUUAACAAUUAGUUCAUGCGGCAGCGUGCGUAUGUCGAGAUAUUGAGCACGCGGGAAGUUUGGAGAGCACGAAAGAGGCGUAAGAGUUGCACGAGGCGCAGCCGAGUGCAACUCUAGCCUUUUGAGUGCUCUCCAAACUUCCCAAGUGCUCAAUAUCUCGACAUACGCACAGCUGCAGCAUGAACUAAUUGUUUUAUAACAUUAUCAAAGCGAUCAAUGCAGCAGUUAACUGAAAAUUUUAUUUUUGUAGGGCGCGCUCAAAGCAGUACGCGUUAAUGAUUACGUGACUAUAUUUUUUUUCCUCACAGUUAAUCUUAUGUUUUUAUCCUGAAACUGAGAGAAAGUGUACUCUAAAAUGAUUGCAAAAUCCAUAUUUAGGUGCCGGAAAACUUUUAAUUUACCGAAAAAUUGUUAUUGAGAGAAAACAACUUUGCAAAGAAUGAUCUCACGCCAUAGCCCGCACAGCUCGCCGAGAUGACAACAACAACAACAACACUCACCUCUUUUCCUUACUAUCGGUUAACAAAUUCAAACCUUUCCUCUUAAAUUUCCUUAUAAAACACAUGGUAAACGCUUCAUUGUCUAUUGCUGAGUUAUGGAUGCACUCGGGAGACUCAGGAUUGCUAAGCUCCCAACAACUCGAGGAAUUACGAAUAGUUUAUUGACGUCAUCAGCGUGCUCAAUAGGAAUAUGAAGCACGCUCGCGCUAUUGAAUUUGAUUAGGCGAAUUUUCUAGCUAUGUUAUAAUUUGAAUUUGUUCAUAUCCCACUUGUCUCCUCGUCUCACCGGUUGUUUUACAGUUAGGUGGUCGGCUUUCGCGUUUCUGUUAUAUGAAUUUAGAGCGUGACUCAUUUACGUCCUUCGUAAAGCAAUAUCAUGCGUGCACGUACUUUCCGGUAGUUCUCUUUGUUAUGCUGUACCUGAGGUAUGUGCAGCACUAAUAGUUUUUAACUUGUAGAUGGAACAAUAAAAUGUCACCAUUCAAAUCUGCACGUGUUUUUAGUAUUUUUGUAACGUCUAAAAAACGGCUCUAUGUUUUUGGUCGAUGUGAAAUCCUUACAACCAUUUUCCGUUCAAAUUAAUGUGAGUCGUACUCUCCCGUGCAGUGCUGAUGAAGUGAUGGAUGGCGUAUAAAAUUUUUCAAUCUGUCGAAGAAAUGAAUCAUAAUCGAUAGUAAACUCAUACAAAAACUUACAAAUAGCAGUUAUUUCGGGAUGUUUGAGUUUUGGUCAAUUAUUAGAACGAACGAAAAUCAAAGAAAAUUACUUAAUGAAUUUAUGGGCAUGACACAAAGGGGCACGCAGGACUGUCUAAGGCUUAUCUCUCUUACAACAAAAAGGACGAUUUGAACCAGACAGAAAAUAACCUCAGUCACGUCUGUUUCACAUCCUUUCCAUAAUACAAAAUGUUUGAAACAAGAGUGGAUUUUUCCAUUUUUUGCACGAACGAUGACCUUGAACCAGCGAAAUGCUUGUACCUUAGUGCCAACCGUUUUUCGAUGGCUUAAAAAAAUGGAAUUCAAAUUUCAUUUUUAGUUUUCGUUUUUCUUCGACCAUUCUUCAUUCCAUUCCAUUCUUCCAUUUCAAUGCGUGUACCUUAGUGCCAACCGUUUUUCGAUGGCAUGGGGAAAGGGAAUUCAAGUGCCAUUUCCAUUUUUCGCUUUCGCAUGACAUUGAAAAACAGAUUUGAAUUUUGCUUUUUGUUUUUCGUUUUCGACUAACUUUGAAAAACGGUUUUGAACUUCGUAUUUCGUUUCCGCAUCUCUUUAAAAAACGGAUAUGAAUUUCAGUUUUCGUUUUUCGUUUUCGCAUCACUUUGAAAAACGGAUAUGAAUUUCGUUUUUCCUUUUUCGUUUUCGCAUUACUUUGAAAAACGGAUUUGAUUUUCGUUUCUCGUUUUCUUAUCACUUUGAAAAACAGAUCUGAAUUUCGUUUGUCAUUUUUGCACAAUCAUUUGAAGUCCACAAAUGCGUGUACCUUAGUGCCAACCGUUUUUCGAUGGCAUGGGAAAAUGGAAUUCAAAUGCCAUUUCCAUUUUUCGUUUUCGCAUGACAUUGAAAAACAGAUUUGAAUUUUGCUUUUUGUUUUUCGUUUUCGCAUCACUUUGAAAAACGGACAUGAAUUUCAUUUUUCGUUUUUCGUUUUCGCAUCACUUUGAAAAACGGAUAAUAAGGUGGCUGAACACAGUUUUGGUAGUUUGUGAGUAUAUGUCAUUUGCCAAACCAUGGCAAGAGAACCAUUUAUACGAGCAUAUAAGGAGUGUCUUAGCUAAGUCCCGUUUUAUUUACGUCUCGAACACAUUUUUUGUGCCACUUAUAGGAGAAGUUAACUAGACGCGUCUUAUUUUUCCCCGUUCAAGUGGCCCAAUUGUUUAAUAACUUAUGAUGUAGUAAUUUGUUGUAUCCUGGAAAUGACGACAAGAAAGACACUUUCCGAGGGGGUGUGGGCUUCAAAUGAUUGUGCAAAAAUGACAAACGAAAUUCAGAUCUGUUUUUCAAAGUGAUAAGAAAACGAGAAACGAAAUUCAAAUCCGUUUUUCAUAGUAAUGCGAAAACGAAAAAGGAAAAACGAAAUUCAUAUCCGUUUUUCAAAGUGAUGCGAAAACGAAAAACGAAAACUGAAAUUCAUAUCCGUUUUUCAAAGAGAUGCGAAAACGAAAUACGAAGCUCAAAACCGUUUUUCAAAGUUAGUCGAAAACGAAAAACGAAAAGCAAAAUUCAAAUCUGUUUUUCAAUGUCAUGCGAAAACGAAAAAUGGAAAUGGCACUUGAAUUCCCUUUCCCCAUGCCAUCGAAAAACGGUUGGCACUAAGGUACACGCAUUAACUCAGAUUAUCAUUUUUCAUUUUUCAAUUUUCAGAAAAAAUGAAUGACCCUAACGUACACGCAUUGUUUGCUACACUAUAACAUCUGUUUUCAGUCGUAACAUCUUUAAAACUGAAGACAUUUUGAAUAAUUACGCCCCCUUGACAAUUAUGACUCUGUUUUAUUAAACUCAAAGUAUUUCUUUCGGAAUACUCACUUUCACCACUCCGAAAAAUACAUAUGGAUGAAAACUAAACUUAUCACUAUUUAAAAAGUCUAAAAGGUAUAGAAGACUUAUAAAAUAGCAUUUUUACACUCAGUGCACAAUACAGAUGAAAACCGAAGGCUGAAUGUCUUAUAACUAUUGAAAACUGUUAAAUUUAUUGAUACUUACAAUAAUAACCGAAAAAUCAAAUAAAUUCACUGUUUGAUUCUUAACAGUACACGAAUAGGAAGGACUGUCUUUUCAUAUCUCGUUCACUUUGAUUGCACCCCUAGUAAUAUCCGCCUUUUUUGCGAGAAACUGGUUUGAAUUAAUUAUCACAAAGAAGUUCAAAGAACGCAAUUGCACUGCCGUUGUCUAAUAAUUACGCCCAGCGAGCAAUGUGCCUGAAAUGUACAUUUACGCGUAUUGUUUUCUUCAUUUGCACAUUUUAGGCAACGCGCAGAGGUUUGGUCUUGCACACAUUCCUGGAAGCCAGAUGGCCAAAAUAAGAAAUGUAUAUCCACCCAGUUUGAGCCCAGGCCAAGCUUUGAGAUGUGGGGCCGUAAGUGGCGACUGUUCUGCCGAAGACGAGGAGGCAGCAUCCAGUACGGCCUUGAAAAUGAAGAGGGAGACAGACCUAUCCACUUGUCAGUGAGGUACGUUUGCAUGCAGCAAAUUCUUAAAGGGACACACCGUCCUGUCUGAAAUUUAUAUUAUACUCUGUAAACCUUAAGUGGCGCAGUGGGGGCUAGGGGAUAAGGGGAUGGGAGUGGGACGUCUGUGUUGCGACCUUUUCAGCUAACUCGAUUUUUCUCUCUUUGCAGUUUCAUCGUCGAGAGCAGCAGUGGGGGUAAAGAAGUAUAUAACAUACCCGUUUUGGAGUUCAACAAGGGGGAGAUGACCGAGCAAACUAAGACGGGCAGUAUGCCUAAAACCAUAACGGUCAAUAUGGAAUUGUCAGAGCCGAGCUUUACAAAAGAUUCAUAACUUCUCAAGUAGAGGCCUGGGUCUAAACAGACUUCUCAGAAUUUAUAAAUAUUUCAGUGAUGUAAGGUAGUUUCAAGGCCGAUCAUAACUUAGAAGUCUUUCAAUGUCAUGUAUAGUUAGAAAUUGCCUGUAACUUCAUCACGGGACCAGCCAUGUCCUGUUUUCUCCUCAUAUGAAUUUCAAAGAAAAAAGUUCCCGGGGGGAUUAACAGAGGAUUUGCGAUAUUAACCUAACUGUUUGGCGUUUUGCAUAGGUUUUGCUUGUUUUUGACCCCUAAGGAUUGGAACUUCGCCUGGGCGCAAACUGGGUGGAU